UUUGCAGCUUUUGAGUAUGAAUCAACAUCAACUGAAUACACCAUAAUUUACCUAAAAGAUAUCGUUGGACCACCAAUUGAAAAACUUUUUACCUCACAAAGAAAGACAUUUUUGAGACCUAAAGAAUUUUAUAAAAGCAUUAAUUAAAGACAAAAUUUUUGAAAUCACAUCCGAAAUGGACUCUGAUUAUGAUUUAAGCUUACUUCUAACUAAAUGGAAUUUACAACACUUAUUUGAUCAUUUUAAAAAGCACAUGAUAGAUAUCGAUGUUCUAAAAAUUUUGAAGACACAUCAUAUAACAAAAUUAUUCGAAGAUUUACCCAUUGGCCAACAGGCAAAAUUUGAAUUUAAUCUAGAAAAAUGGAACAAACAAUUUAACAGUUCAGAAAUUUUGCCUGUCUGCCAACAUAUAACAACCACAGAACAAAAAAUACCAACAGUGACGGAAAUUUUAAGUAAUACACGUAACGGAAAAGAUAUUCAAAAUUAUUAUAAUAAUAAUAAAACGUUGCACGAUGAGCAGCGUAAUUUACUAAUUAACACAAUAACAAAAUAUAUUGAAUCAAAAAACAUCACUUGCUCAUUAUCUGAUUGUAUGGAAAUCGAAAAACAGAUAUGUAAUAUUUUUCCUACAGAGAAAUUGGAAUUUUAUACCAAUGGAAAACGGGGCAAAAUAUACAACAAAUUAGCAAAUUAUAAGAGAUUUUCUAAAAAUGCUUUAAAAGUAGAUGAACCUGAGGUGACGCAAGGAUUGUCUGAAAGCGUAGAAGAUUACACUUUAAUAAUAGAAGUUUUAAGAUCUUCAAAAAUAAAACAAGAUGAAUUUGAUAUUUAUUGGCAGAAGUGUGCUCCGUUACGUUUCCAACAAAUUACAAAUUCUGAGAAUACGUGUGAAAUUUUUAAAUUAUGGCCAGAAUACACAAAACCUUCUGGACACCUUCUGAUUGAUAUCGAUUUCGUACUAAAAUAUCCAGUGGCGAAAAACUUUGAGGAACGUUGGCCAUAUUUUGCAGAAGAUUUGUUAUUUAUUUUGAAGACAAGAAUAUCCUGCUCAUUAAUUUCCAAAAAAUUACUGCAAACUGAACGUAUCGAUGAAGAUUCUAAAAUGUUUACAAUUUUGUGGUAUUGUCAUAAUUUAUUUCCUCCCCAACUCAAAAUAAGCACAGAUGAAAAUGGAGCAAAAUAUAAGAAAAAGUUUACCAUAGCUGAUUCGCAAGAAUCAUUCGCUGUUGUUAUUUUUUCACGACCGGUUGAUUAG